AAAGGGAUGGGAAGAGGUAGGGUUGAGCUGAGAAGGAUUGAGAACAAAAUAAACAGGGAGGUGAGCUUCUCGAAGAGGAAAGGUGGUUUGGUGAAGAAGGCUCAUGAGAUCUCUGUUCUGUGUGAUGCUGAAGUUGGUUUGAUUCUCUUCUCCCACAAAGGGAAGCUUUUUGAAUACUCUUCUCAUUCAAGCAUGGAGAAAAUACUCGAACGAUACGAGAGAUAUUCUUUCGUAGGUAAGCAGCAAACCGCAGCUUCUGUAUCGAAAUUUUCUCAGGAAGAUUUGACACUCGAGUAUUAUCGACUCAAGUCGAAAAUCGAACUCUUACAACGAAACAACAGUCAUUACAUGGGAGAAGAUUUGGAUUCAUUGAGCGUCAAAGAACUGCAUAACUUGGAAGAACAAAUGGACACAGCACUGAAACAUGUUCGAUCCAGAAAAAACCAACUAAUAUGUGAUUCCAUCUCUAUACUUCAAAGAAAGGAAAGAACAAUACAGGAGCAAAAUUCCCUACUGGCAAAGGAGAUCAAGGAGAAGGAGAAGAGUGUAGCAAUGGCAGAAGAGGCAGAAUGGGAAGAGCAGCAACACCAUUGCUACAAUGCAUUGUCUUUCUUGUACCAAUCAGCUCCUCAUCAGCCCUCUCUAAACAUUGGGCUUGCAAGUUUCGAUGGUCGCCAAUGAAUCCUGUUGCAUGUCGGGAACUUUUUCAGGGACGAUUAGAUUAGUAAUUGAGACUCGAGCGGGGAGGAGGAAGAAGAAAAUGAGGAUGUGGGUAGCUUAAUAAUGGAAAGGGUUUUGUUCUAAAGAAAGUGGUUUGUGUAAAAGGUAGGGCUUUUAGGGUUACAAAUAUGAAAAGGUUUAAUAUUGUUGAAUUUUGU